UCUCUGCCCUCAGGCAGUCAGGCUCAUCUCCGUUUCGUUCGCCCUUUCCCUUCUCUCUCUCUCCCCUCCCCGGUCUUCGGUUCCUGGCGGCGCCGACUGAGCAAGCGGCGGCGCCAUUCGCCCACGCCUCCGCCAGGCCCUUUGCCGGCGACGAGCACCCACCAGGUCAAUAUAUCAAAGGCUUGAAAUGGCUGAAAAUUGGUUAGAACAUGCAAAACAAACUUCUACAGCAGCGUCAUCUUCUGGUUUGGUUUCUAGACGCCAAAUCCCAUUGCCAAGAAGAUCAAGGCAACGGAACGUCUUUCAUCUAUUAGUUCAACGAGAAGUCUCCCCUCGAACAAAACACCAAGCUAGAAGGAUAUGGAAUAAUUCUCAAACAUGUGAUCCUGAUUUAAUUGAAUUAAGGUUCGCAGAUGCAGAUGCUAAACAGGAUAUUUUUUCUUGGGCAGAAUCGCAGUCCCUGCAUCGUUGGUCUGCCAAGUAUUGCCCUCUUUUGCCACCUCCGCGGUCAACUAUUGCAGCUGCUUUCAGUCCAGACGGGAAAACACUUGCAUCCACACAUGGUGACCAUACAGUUAAAAUAAUUGACUGCCAUACUGGGAAAUGUUUGAAGGUUUUGAGUGGUCAUCGACGAACUCCUUGGGUGGUCAGGUACCAUCCAUUAUAUUCUGAUAUCCUGGCUAGUGGAAGUUUGGAUCAUGAAGUUCGUCUAUGGGAUGCUAAUACCUCAGACUGUAUUGGAUCACAAGACUUCCAUCGGCCAAUUGCGUCCAUUGCAUUUCAUGCAAGAGGGGAGAUUUUGGCAGUUGCAUCAGGUCACAAAUUGUACAUAUGGAACUACAAUAAUCGAGAUUGGUCUUCUAUCCCAGCCAUCAUACUAAGAACCCGCCGUUCGUUGAGAGCUGUGCAUUUUCACCCGCAUGGUGCUCCAUAUCUUCUAACAGCAGAGGUUAAUAAUAUUGAGUCUGCAGACUCACCGCUGACUCUUGCAACAUCCUCUGGCUAUUCAAAUUAUCCUUCGGCCCUGUUUGUGACAAACAGCAAUUCUAGAUUUUGUCCACAUCUUGAGUCCAAUGUGGCGUCACCUUGCUUACUGUUGCCUGCGUACCUCAGAGAUGAUGGAAUUUUUCAUGUGCUUGGCAAUGACAGUAGUUCAACCGGUGCGCAGCAGAGAUCAUCGUUGGUUCAAGUUGCCACAUCAGAUACUGAAACUCAACAGCCUGACCAGUUUGCUACAUCUAUGGAUGUAUGUCCUGGAGAGCCAACUACAUCGAAUGACAUACCGGAUGCAGUCCCUAUGCGUGCUUCAAAUGGAAUUGACAUGCAUGGUGCUGGGGGGCAGUCAAACUCAAGACUACAGGGCAGCAGCUCUAUUAGUAAUCUUGAGAGGUUUAGUGCUAGAGAUGAUUUGCCAGCAUCUUCCCUGAGCAACACUGAGCCAAUUCCAUCAGCCGCUGGGCUUUCAGGAUCCGAUGCCCGCCGUGCUAUGCCACUGAAUAUGCUCAUCUCUGGUGGAUUAGAUGUUCAAAUGUUCCUAAGAAAUGUAGAAAGCGGACAGCAGAAUCAUUAUCUCUUCAGUGAUUCACGUAACUGGGAGUUGCCGUUUCUGCAGGGUUUUUUGAUGGCCCAAAACCGUACAGGUUUGCACCCUGCACUUGUGAACAAUAAUGUCCUUGAAGACCUAUCUAUUGAUGGUACUGCAGGGACUAAUAAUUUGACUAGAGAGUCACCACACAUGCAUAACUUUGGACGUUCAGGUGCUUCAUCAUCAAUCCCCAUAACUGCUGGCAGUUCUAGAGGAUCAAAUCGACGUUAUGCCUCACGUUCUGUACCUGGUAUUGGGAAUUCGCUCCUAGGUCCUCAAAUUGAUGAAGCUGAGGUUCAUGCUGCUUCACUGGGUGUUGGUUCAGAAAUCACUGCACCGAUGUUUACUCCUGGUACUGAGUUGCCUUGUACAGUGAAGCUCAGAAUAUGGCGGCACGAUAUAAAGAAACCAGGUGUUCCUUUAGAUCCUGAGGCAUGCCGCUUGACGAUUUCUCAUGCUGUUCUUUGCAGUGAAAUGGGUGCCCAUUUUUCCCCAUGUGGACGAUUUCUGGUAGCCUGUGUUGCAUGUUUGCUGCCUCAAACAGAAGGUGACCGUGGCAGCCAAUUGCCUGUGCCGUAUGAGUCUGCAGGGGCUGGAUCAUCACCAACUCGGCACCCACUUCCCUCUCACCGAGUUAUCUAUGAGCUUCGGGUUUAUUCGCUUGAGGAGGCGACAUUUGGGGAUAUUCUUGCUUCCAGAGCAAUAAGGGCAGCACAUUGCUUAACUUCCAUUCAGUUCUCACCUACAUCCGAACACAUACUUUUGGCAUAUGGUCGUCGCCAUGGCUCUCUCCUCAGGAACGUAGUCAUGGAAGGAGACAAUGGGAUUCCUGUAUAUACUAUUUUGGAGGUAUAUAGAGUUUCAGAUAUGGAGCUUGUAAGGGUGCUUCCUAGUGCUGAAGAUGAAGUCAAUGUUGCAUGUUUUCAUCCUUCACCAGGAGGUGGCCUUGUUUACGGGACUAAGGAAGGGAAGCUCAGGAUCCUCCAGCACAAUGGUGCAGACACAACAAGCAUGGGGAUAGGUUGCUUUGUUGAGGACAAUAUGCUUGAGGCGAUUCAGAGGUAUGCAUUGGAAUGCUGAAUGAAGAUUGACUACAUCACGUGCUUUUAUGCUUGCUUCCAUUGGAAAACAUUAGGUCCAUCUCCAACUAGAUUAUGACAGAUAAUUCUCAAUGAGUUUGUUCAGGUGCCUUGGGGAUUGGUCUGUGCAGAGGUGGUAGGAGAUGUGUAAAUCUACAUGGCCAUCGGCGUGGCUGCCAUCACGGUGCUGUAAUUAUACCUUUGUACAUGUAUCAUACAGUCAGCUUAACUCAAUUGCUGUUGUAUUUCAGAAAAAAAUGACGGUGCUGAUCCUUUUAAUGUCAAGGUUUUUUUUUUGUUUGUUGUAUACUUCGCCUGUCCAUACAGGCAGUCAACGAUGCAAUGUGAAAUUACAUUGGCAAAGCUGCUCAAUUGUUCGGGUUUGCAUUUUCUUU